AUGACCCCCACUCCAUCCACCCCCCACCGCAUCAGCAUAACCAUCCUCGGCGACGGCGGCGUCGGCAAAUCCGCCCUAACCCUACGCCUCGUGAAAUCGGCAUGGACAUCCGACUACGACCCCACGAUCGAAGAUUCCUACACCCUCACACGACGCAUCGACGGGCAAACAUAUCAUCUGAGUAUUACCGAUACAGCGGGGCAAGAAGAAUAUCGCGGCAUGUGGCAGAGUGCUAAUGGCAGUAUGCGGAGCGAUGCGUUCUUACUCGUUUAUGAUAUUACUAGGCGGGAGAGUCUGGAUGCGCUGGAUUGGUUUGAUGAGUUGGUUAGUAUGGAGGGGGAGGUACGGGGCGAGGAGUGGAGGAGGGCGAUGGUGGAGUCUGAGCGUGCGCGUGAGAAAUCGAGGGAGGGGUCCCGAUCUAAGUCUAAGUCUAAGUCUAAGUCGAAGUCGAGGGCGAGGAAACCGAGGAAUUUUAAUGGGAAUGGGAAUGCAAAUGCGAAUGCGAUACAAGGGGGAUCUGAAUAUGGAUAUGAAUAUGGCUAUACCCCCCCAAUCAAAAUCGUCGCGGGUAAUAAAUGCGAUCUGCAGCAAUCGCGCGAGGUAACGGCAUCGCAGGGAUUGGAGUGGGCGAGGGCGAGAAAUUGUGGGUUUAUGGAAACUAGUGCGAGGAGUAUUGUUAAUAUUGAGGAGACUUUUGCUUUGAUUAUUAGGAGGGUUGUUGAGGGGAGGAGGAGGGCGGAUUUGUAUCGGGAGGAGGAGGAGGAGGAGGGGAGUUCAUUUGGGGAGGGGGUGGAGAUGAUGGGGAGGUGGAGGGGGAUGAGGAUGAGGAUGGAGAUGGAGAUAGUAAGGUGGAGAGUGAAAGGGAAAAAUUAG